CUGGAGUUGUUUCUCCUGCUCGUGUGGUCUAUGAUAGUCAGCAACGAUCGACAUCGUAGAAGAGUUGCGAGACGUGCGAUAGCGCGUCUGGAAUGUUGUGGCACUCAGGCAAGAGCUCUACAGCUGUGGGUCGUAAGAAUUGGCAAGUACUUCGGUUGUUGAUGUUCGUGUUUACUGGGGCCGUGAGUGAUUCUCUAGACCAAUGGCACCGUGGGUGUAAUGAGAGCGAGUUUUGUUGCGUUCGAUAGCGACACAUCCUGCACCUUUCGAAGCACUAGCUGAAGCUAGACAUACCCGAUAGAGCAGCAUACAAUCCGCCCCCGCCGUUUCUCGUAGAAAUAAGACGCAAACACCCCAAAUACCCCUCCAAAAGAUGGCCACCACGAUGAUCACUGACCGGCGGAUUGUUCCGAACACCGUCAAGGCGACGCACUCCAACGCGCUGAAGGAGUGCGACCAGUGGUCGCACUCAAAGCAGUUGCUCUGCAAGUUUUCUGCAUGAGGCGGAUUUUCGCAUGACAAGCUUGCAUAUCGCCCCACCUGGGGAAGCAGUAUGUCCUUCAGCUUUUCUGUUGCGGACGCUGCUUCCCAAAUGGUCUUCAGGUGUUUUUGCGUAAAUUAUGCAUGCGCACACGAUGUGUGCAGGCGUUGCGUACGCCGAUCUUUUGGGCGAAAUCUUGCAUGAAGAUAUGGCACAAAACGGGGGCACGACCUCGGUGUUUGUCAUGACAAAAGUCCGAAUCUGUCAUGCAUUUUCUCGAAUUCUGUCUGUUGUGUUUCUGGGCCAGAAACCGGGCCUGCUCUAUCAUUUCCAGGCGCCAAACAAUUGCGGUUCAUAAGGGGAUCCGGAAACAGCGAGACCCGCUCCUGCAGAAGAACGUCGACACCGCGAAAAUCCUGGCACAAAUUAAAACGGACCACGUCGACAUCCGAGACGACCGGCUUGUCAAGCUCAUCGAAACUGCUCACAAAACGCCCGACCCUUCUCUCCUGACACAGCAGCAGAAACAAGUCUUUGAACGCUUCGAAAGCGUCAUUGAAACUAGUGAGAAGAACAGCAGCUGGCAGAACUAUGGGCUCCCCGGGUUACGAUUAAAGGUCGUGCUGGACCUGGUGCAGGCUACCUGUUCAACAACGCCGGUUACCAGGGCGAUUUGA